CGCCAUCAUUGACUAGGUAUCACCCUCGGAAUUUGAACUACUAUCCACGAAGCAACGAGCACGUACAUCUCCUUGAAAGAAUACUCGAAAGCGAAUAUCUUGGAGUACUCCUCAUUAGUGAAAAAGCAACAGCCAUCAAAGCGUCAUGCCUUCGACCAAAGCAUACAUCAAGGCCAUCACAGCAGGCGCAGUGCUCUGCAUAGGCGGCCCGGCGCUGGUAAUGUGGGUGACUCCGUCAGAAGAAGAAAUCUUCAAGCGAUACAAUCCGGAUCUUCAGAAGAAGGCUCUUGCAGGAAGGGAACAACGGCAGAAGGAUUUCGAUGCUUUCGUCGGGCAGCUGAAAGAGGCCUCAAGGUCGGACAAGCCAAUCUGGAUUGCACAGAAAGAAAUGGAUGCGAAACGCUCAGCUGUAGAGCAACAAGCUCGUAUGGAAGAGCGAGAGGCUUUCGCUGCCGAGACGCGGAGAAGGCAAGCAGAGAUUAGAGCGAGCGCGCAGUGAGCGCCACCCAAUCCGGGGGUUUUCUAUUCAAUUGUAAAUGUAACUGUAUUAUCGUUUGUCUACUACGAAUCUAUACUUCCAACCCAGAAUUGCACGUGAGC